AUGAAUAUUUCUAUUACCAAUGGUUAUUAUGUUAACGAUCGAACUUUAGACACUUUAGAUCAUGAACUACCAAAAUUGAUGUUAAAUAAAACCACAGAUUCCUUAUCUUCUUCAGUGAACACUCAUCAUUGUGUACCAGUACAAGCGGUAAAAGAACUUGGUUGUAUUUUAUCAGAAGGCAAUAUUUCAUUUCAAGGACCAUUUCAAUCAAUGUGUGAACGACAUCAAUUAUGUUAUGCAUGUGGAUUUGCACAUAGUAUCACAGAACGACAAUGUAAUAAAAUAACAUUAAUGACUAUGAAUCACUUAUGUUCUCAAAUUAAAUCAUUGUUUACAUCUGAUUGUACAAAAGAAUAUUUUUCAAAAUUAUCAGUCCUUCAACAAUACGGUUAUCGAUCAUCUAGUGACUAUCUCGGAUUUUUUUUUGAAUGUCGUCAAGAAUGUGUCUUGAAUUAUCUGCGUGCGCAUUAA